AUGUCAAAAGUCAAUGGAGGAAUUCGUACAAGAAAUGCACGCGAAAUUUAUGUUGAACAAUUACCACAUGGUCAAGGUUUAACACCAUAUAUGAAUAGAAAACGAAAACCAUUUACACAUUUAAAUUCAUUUGAUGAUACAGAUCUUGCUUAUCGAAGUACAUCAGGUUAUUUACGAGAUAUGUUUCAACAAAAUCCAUAUGCAUCAAAUGAAAUGAUUUCUGAAAGAGAUAUACCACGUACAAAAACUGCCAGUGAAUUAACAUUUAAAUCUAAUACACAUCGACCAACAAGUGGAAAUCCAAAAUAUAAAGCACAAGAAGAUUAUUAUGAUGAAAUACAAUUAUUAAAAAAGGAAAUGAAAACAGUUAAAAGUGAAAAUAGUGUUCUUCGUGCUAAAAUUCGACGUUUAGAUGAAGAUAAUGCACGUAAACGAAAAGAAAUCGAUUCCUUAUGUGAUACAAACAAGGAUGGUGAUUUACGAGGAACAUUAUCAGGAUCAUUAACAGAUCGAAAUAACAAUAUUUCCAAUGCGAAUGCUAUUCUACGUUUAAAACAACGUAUAUUUAAAUUAGAAUCAGAUCUUAAACAAAAAGUAGCAACGAUUGAUGAAAUAAAAAGUGAUCCAAGAUGGACAAAAGGUACAGAAUUAGAAAUACAAAAUCGAGCUUUAAUUGGUGAACUUAACAGACAAAAAGUAGAAAGAUUAAAUUAUCUUCAACAAAAUGAUUAUGUAGCUACAGUUGAUGAAGAAAAAAAGAAUGCUGUACGAAAAUUAACUAAAGAAAAAGAUGAAUACAAAACAGAAAAUGAAAUUUUAAAAAAGAAAGUUGAAGAAUUAGAAAAAUUAGAACGUGGAAAACCAUUAUCAACACGUUCAGUGGAUGAUAGUAGUAAUAAAGAAUUAUUAAGAACAAUUGAAGAUCUUAAAGAAAAAAGUAAAAGUUCUGAAAAUAAACUUGAACAAAUAAAUGCUAGUUUGGACAAACUUCGACGUGAACGUGAUCGAUAUCGUGAAGAACUUGAUCAAGCUAACGAAAAACUUGAAGAUAUGCGACGUGACCUUGAUAAACAAAAAAACUUGAAUCAAAUUGGACGUUCAUCUCCAGUAUUAAAACGUGAUGAACAACAACAACAUCGAGAUUCUAUUAGUUUAUCAACAACACGUUCUAAGCGAUCACAAUCACCAAUAGUUGAAAAUCGAACACCACGAUCACCACCUAAUGUGAUUCAUCGAGAUUCAGCUUCAUCUGAAGAACAUACAAAAAGUGAUUCAAGACCCAGUACACCAGUUCGAAAGCCCAUGGAACCAAUAGGAUCUCGUACAUUAUCAACUAGUACAUCAAAUACAUCAUUAAAUGUAAAAAGACCAACAACACCAGUAAAAUCAUCAGCUAAAAAUGUACAUGAUAAGGAUUGGACUGCUGCUGAUGAUAAUCGUGUAAAAAAUUUUCGAGAAAAACGUGCAGCUACUGUCAUUCAACGAGGAUGGCGUCAUCAUGAUAAAUCACGUAAAGAACCAUUGCGUGAUAUAAAUAAAGCAAGACAUGAAAAUUUAGAUAAAUGGGAUUCCAAAAUCAGCGCCUCGAAGAAAUCAUCAGAAACACAAUCACCACGUUCAAAUUUUAAAGUUGAUAAUGUCGAUAGGGAUUCUAUUAGGAGUCGACCAUCAUCAGCUAGUGCUACUCCUAAUGAAACUGCCUUAAAAAAUGUACAAGCAGCAUUGCGAGGCUAUUUAAAUCGAUCAGAAAUUGACAAAACUCGAAGCGGCAUAUCGUCUCCUACACCUAAACAACGUUCACCAGCUCCAAUCGGAAAAUCUGAACAUACUGAAAGUGAAGAUGAUGAUUAUCCUAGUGUAAGAUCAUCGAAACCAACUCGAGCAUUGUUUGGAAGUGAAAAAAAACGAGAUACACCUUAUGAUCAAUCAAAAUCAAGUACAAAACAAACAUCACCUAAUGAUAAAAUUCAAUCUGAUCAUCGAUCAUCUUUAAGUGCUCGAAGUUCAGUUUCUAAAACAGAUCGAUCCCCUUCACCUCCACCUGCCAGUCAUCGACCUUCAUCAUCGUUGGUUGAUGGUUCGAAACACACCGUACCUAAUGAUCGAAAUAAACUUGGUUCUUUCAAUCGAUUUUCAACAAGUGAUCGAGAUUCACCUGCCAAUUUACGACGCCCAUCUUCGUCUUCCAAAACUCAUCGUCCUGGAUCACCAUCAAUUAGUGAUCAUCAAUCACCUCGUCAUAUGUCACCAGAUAAUACUCGACCACCAUCAAGAACAAGUCCAAUUGUUACCAAACAACCCGUUAAAAAAACAACAAAUAAUAGUGAUGAUGACGAUGAUGUUGUUGGAUUUUAA